CAGCAUGCAUCCGUAUCCUGGGGAGGCGCAUCUCCCCUACGCCAGAUGGGCUCAGGCAGUUCUCCGGACCUGGAAGCUGCGGUUCCACAAGAGCAAUACGCGAGCAAAGGUCGCGCACAGGCCAGCAACAGCAGUCGACCCGUCGCAGCCUGGUCGCCCUCCUUCCCGUCGUCGUCAACGGGACCCGACAGUGAGAGCAGUCGUCAUUCCUUCACUAAUGACAAUGGUGAUGCCGUCCCCCCUACUGCUGACACGAGGCAUCCACCCUGCACGGCCAAAUCACCACUGCGGCACAGCACCCUCACCGCGACCCCCAGCCCAACCAGCACUGCCCUGCCGCCGUCCUCGUCCACAGCCUCCACCACUGGCGCCCGCUCACUCUCAGUUUUGAAUCGCUCCUCAUUGCGAAAUGAGAUUACUUCACCAGAUUCGUCAUUCUCAUUCCCAUCCUCAUCCUCAUCCCCAUCCUCAUUUUCAACCGGGUUUUCACCUCGCCCAGCUCUGCCUUCCUCCAUUACUGCAGUCCUAGCAAAGGCUUCUCCCUCACCAGGCUUCGCAGCACCGCACAUAUCUUCCUCCUCUCUGCUCCACAGCGCGACUGUUGGCGCAAAUUCUUCAGCAGCAACUGCAGACAAAGCUGAGAUGCCCGCGCUCAUGUCUUCAUCACCAAGUAACCACGACCUUUGCUACGAAGGGAGUCAUGAUCGUAACCACGACAGCGGAGGGCAUGUCAACGAGACUGGGGGGACUGUUGGCUCUUAUGAUCAAGCAACAGGAGCAGAUAAAGGAUCAACAUUCGUCUCAGACGCCCAGCCGAGACGCGGCCCAAUUCGAUCCAUGGUAAAGACUGAGGAGGAUCAGGAGGCGCCAAGAGCAGCAGCGGUAGGGACAGCAAGACAGGGAGGGGAAAGUGGCAUCAUGGGGGCAAGUGCAUAUCAUGCCAACGAUGCAACAGCAGGACCGUCAGCAAUAGGAGAGACGGCUGAAGGAGGGACAGGAGGAGCUGCAGGAGCAGGGGCAGGGGCAGGAGCAAGAGCAAGAGCGGGAGCAGGAGCAGGAGCAGGAGCAGGAGCAG